UGUAUUUGUUCACAUAAUAAUAAUGCGCUUAAUAUAUCUUUGUGUUUUUAUUUUCUGUGUUACGUAUGUAAAGUGUUGUGACUUCUCUGAAUUAUCUGGUAAUAUAUUGGGAUGUGUACAUGAUGACAAGGAAGUUCACAUCGAGCCUGCUCAAAAUGGUACAAUCGCAACAGGUUCUGUCUGCAUCGUUGAAAACGCACUUGGUGUUCAACACGUUCAAUGUGAAGAUAAACAAUGGAUCAUACAGCACGAAUUAGUUGAAAAUAAAACUCGCAUUAGACGUAAAAGAGGAUUUUGGCGAAGAUUAGCACGUUUUGUUGGCAACGUGUUCAAAGGAGUCGCAUGUGUUGCUUCAUUGUUUACAGCGUGUGCGUUCGGCGACAGACAUCCUUCUGAUAGGACGCCCCCUGGCAUGACAUGUACACCUCCGAAAAUAUUUGUCACAGCAGAACCAUUUACCUAUGUUGCAAGAGCUACGUGGCAAGAACCUUUAGCCAAUGAUGAAACAGAUGGACCAAUUACCCCGGUAAGAAAAAGCGGCUUUCCACCUGGACAUAACUAUCCUGAAGGCGAUACAACAGUAACAUAUAAAGCCACAGACAGAAGUGGAAAUUCGGCAUUUUGUGAUAUCAUUGUCAAUGUAAAAGUUGUGCGCUGUGAUCCACCCAAACAUAUAAACAAUGGCUAUUACCAAUGUUACCCUGUAACUGAACAUUUGAAUGGAGGGACAUGUAAGUUUGGUUGUUACGAGGGAUUUGAUUUAGCUGGUGGACCAGAUCACGUGUACUGCAAGGACAAUGGACAGUGGUCAGACUCACAACCUUACUGCAAUCCCUUGAAAUGCCCUGCUCUAACCCGAUUAAAGGGAGCAGGAGAACCACAGUGUACAGAUGGGGCCAACUUUCGUAGCGUUUGUUCAUAUACUUGUGGUUCUGGGUUUGAUAUGCCGCCGAAUGUGAGUAAAGCACUUGUGUGUGACAAAACUAAGGCAUGGCGAGGGUUUGGUACACCAAAAUGUGUUGAUGUUGAACCACCGACAUUUAAGGCUGGAACGUGUCCAAGUAUUGUAAUUGCGGGCACUGAAACAGGUCUGAACUCUACAAAAGUUAAUUGGUCACCGCCAGAAGUGAUGGAUAAUAGCAAAAAUCCAAAGGCAGAAAUUAGAUCCGCCUAUAAACCUGGUGACAGACUUACUGCCGGUAUAUAUUCAGUAUGGUAUGGAGCACGAGAUGCCGCCGGGAACAUCGCUUUAAACAACUGUUCAUUCAAAGUUAUUGUACGAGAAAUAAAAUGUUCUAAACUUUACCCUACACCAUAUCUUCACAUUGGUUGUCCCCAUGGUUACCGUUCCGGUGCAAGGUGCAACAUCUCCUGUGAUCCUGGCAAGGUGUUGGUCGGCUCAGAUUAUGUUGGUUGUAACAGACACUUCACACAAUUAUACGGAGUCUGGAACUGGAAAGGAAAAGUACAAUCUACUUGCAUCAAUGGUAGAGCAUGUGUGGAUCUUCCACCACCUACUAACGGUGCGGUAGUGUGUGACAACUGGGAAGGAGGACAGUUUUGUCAAGUACAGUGUAAGAAUGGUACACAAAUGUCAAGCGUUAGUUUAAAUAAACUGUACGUGUGUCAAGGUCCGAAAGGUGAAUGGUCAAGACAGCCACCAAAAAUAAAGACAUGUAGAGCGGUACGAGGUCACCAUAGGUCCCAGCAUCUAGGAAUAGAAGUGUACUUCUACUUUGACGGGGACUGUACUGACCCAGAAACCAAACAACAAAUUGCCAACAAUUUUAUUGAACAGAUGAAAGUUAGUAACUUUCAAGCUGAAGCGUGUCCAAACUCUAUAGAAUGUAACAAAAAUAAUGUUAAGAUAACUUGUGGAGAAUCCAGUAGGAAGAGAAGAAACGCUGACUCCAACAACAUACUUGUUCUUACUGCAAAAUUACCUGUUACGUUACAUAGCAACGAAAGUUUAUAUACAGCACAGGAAAGAUACAAUAAACUACUUGAUGGUGUACAGGAUGUAUUAGCUAACCAAGCUAAAGCUAUCUUUGGCGACGCGAUCGUCUCUCAAAAAGAGUUUGUGAUAAAAGGAAUGCAAAUAGAAUGUCCUAAAGGGUCUGUGAAGUCUGAGCAAAGCAUGGAUUGCAUUGAUUGUCCAGAGGGUACGUUUUAUACAAGUGGACCGGAUUCACCUAAAUGUGAGGUUUGUAGAAAGGGAACAUUUCAAGACAAAGCGGCUCAGUUGUCCUGCUUACGUUGUCCACUUGGAAAAACAACACAUGGUGUUGGUGCGACUUCUGUUCAUGAUUGUGAAGGAGCAUGUUUACCAGGAACAUACUCCAACGAUGGCCUCUUACCAUGCUCUCCUUGCGAACAGGGACAUUACCAAGCAUCAUAUGGACAGACAUUUUGCCGGCCAUGUCGUGGCUCAAAGUCCACAUUAACAUUUGGUUCGACAUCUUCGUCUGAUUGUGAAGAGUUUGAUAUUGAGUUCAUUGAUGGAGAUCGGUCGGAUAUACAAAUUACAUUACAAAACAAUGUCACCAUAAAAGAUUUCACGCUAGCAUUCUGGUAUCAAAAUACUGCAACUAACAACUUGAGUCUGGAUAAAUUUCCAACUAUAACAUUAUCAAAUAUCAAUAAUGAAGCUCUCUGGACAUGGGAAGGACUCAAAAAUGCAAAACAAAAAAAUUGUACUGGAAGUACAGUUAACUUCGGUCUUCCUGACACACGAUGGCACUAUAUCACCUUAUAUAACAGUGGUAAAUGUUCGGUAUCAGUGUCUGUAGAUGGUAUGGUUUUACCUGUAGAGGAUACUAUCGAAGCUUGCACAUAUAUCGAUUUCAAUUCUGUUUCUAUAACCACAGACAAAGAAACUAGUGGAAGUAUCUCACAGUUUAAUAUAUGGCAUGGUAGACAUCAGACAGGAUAUAAACAUAGAUGUUUUACAAGUGAUGUUGGCGAUGCUUUCUCCUGGAAGAUCAUGGAAGAAGCUGAACUCACAGGAGCAUAUAUGGAUAUCCCCAGCCAGUGUGAUGAUUUUGACAAUUGUGUAUCCUCGCCUUGUCUCCAUGGUUCAUGUACUGACGUGCUACACGGGUUUAUAUGUAUUUGUGAGAAAGGAUAUCUUGGAACUCAAUGUGAAGUAAAUAUUGAUGAUUGUGAAGCGAAUAUUUGCUUGAACAAUGCAACAUGUAUUGAUGUCGUCGCAAACUACUCCUGUUCAUGCACAUCUCACUUUACAGGACAAUAUUGUGAGAUAGAAAUGGUGGAUGGUGACUGGAGCGAAUGGGGAAACUGGUCUGAAUGUUCAACAACAUGUGGUGAUGGAGAGAAAAGAAGAAAGCGUCUAUGUAACAAUCCUGCACCAGAUAAUGGCGGGGAAGAUUGCCAUGGAGACGCUUUUGAUUUUAUAAACUGUAACAACACCGACUGUCCAGUAUGUCCUGAAAUACAAGCUCCAGGAAAUGGAUCCAUAGAUUGUUUGAAUGAUACAGAUAGUAUUAACUGUACAAUGUCUUGUGAUGACGGUUUUGACUUCGAUAUAGAACCUCUUCCACUAUAUUACUGCGGACCUCAAACAUCCCAAGAAUGGAACUUUCAAAAUGACGAAAAUCCUGAGAGAAGGAUACCAAGUUGUGUUGAAAUAAAAGUACCAGAAGAGAUAACGGUGAUGUACUCUGCACAUUAUGAAGAUCUGUAUUGUGCAAAUCAGGACCUUGAAGACUUUGCAGUAGAACAGAUAGACCAUAGAGUGAACAUGGUGCUGUCAAAUGUAGCAUGUUUAGUACAAAACACGUGCUCGUUGAAUUACGUAAAGAUAAUUGAUUGUGACAGUAAAAGUAAAGAUCGAAGGCGACGCUCCACGGGAACUACAGCCGGCUUCAGUUUACAGAUAAAAGCUAAUCCAACUGAAGAGAAUAGAAAUGAAACCCUGCAAGACCUUGAGGACGCUUUUAAAAACAUCCAGAAUGCAGCAGAUUCCGGUGAUCUCACAGUUCAAGUUCUUGACGAUGACUUUGAGUUGAAAAGCAAUUCUACUGAAAUAAAAGGUGACGUCAAGUGUGGACCUGGACAAACAAAAGUCAAGUUUUAUUGCGUUCCGUGUGGGAAAGGUUCAUAUUUAAACACAGAUAUAUGUAAACCAUGCCCAAUUGGAACUUACCAGGCACUUGAUGCACAAUUGAGUUGUUCAAACUGCCCAGCAGGAAAAUCCACCAUCGGAAUUCGAUCAAUGACCAUAGACGAGUGCACAGUGAAUGUUAUAGUGCCUCUAGAAUACAUGGAAGAAGGAUUAAAAGUCACUGGUAUCAUAGUUGGCUGUGUGUGUGCCCUUGUCUUCACAAUAUUAGUCAUAUUUAUAUAUAGGAGAUACAGAUCUAGGACAGCAAAGUUUGUAGAGGUUACAGAUAUCAACAUGACUUCCCGACCGGGCUCACGAGCUAGCCAAAAUAAUAGCGAUCUUGGUCCAAACAAUAAGCAUUUCGCAGUGUCUUCUCUCUCUUCUCAGUCGAAUUCGACAUAGAUAUCACACAUUUACUUUGAAAAUCAAACAAUCACUCCUGAAUAAGAAAAGGGAUGUCACAGGAGCAGCUAUUGUACGUGUGUUUGAGGAUGGAAAAAUUAUUCACAAUAAACAACAUUGGAAUAAAGCAAUCAUGACAUCAUGUUUGUGUGAUAAAUGAUAUAAAUCUCAGACAUAAAUAACGUUUAUAAAUAUUAUUGCUUAUAGAGAUUUUAAUAUAUAUCUAACAUUUAUAAUAUUUAUUAUUUGGUAUAGACGGUUGUUAAAUGCAAUCAGUAUUAAACCAUAAGACAAAACUUCGUGUAGAUCUACUCAUGGACAGUUAUACUUUAUUUUUGCAGAGAUGCCAAAUAACUUCACAUUUAUUUAUGACUUUUAAUCAUGCUUAUAUUUCAAUUAAACGUAAUAAAGUUUAAAUAUCAAUUAAGCAAUUAUUUGAUUUUAACAAUUGAGGUUUCAAUGUUUCAAAUCAAGCAAAAAUUAUCAAGAAUAAACCUACAAAACAUUUUCAGAGAAAGUGCUAUUUCAAGCCAAAUAAUAUGAUUUAUGGUUUGCCAAAUGAUCAUGUGCUACGCUUCGUAAGAUAUAACAGUUGGAUGGAAUAAUUUGCUGUCAGACAUGUUUCAAUAAUAUAGCCCAUAUUUCGUCUUGUAUCAAAAUAACGCUCAAGCAUCAUGUCUUUCUGUGUAAACAUACUUAUAGUAGAUCUAGUCAGUAUAUAGUGCUCAAAUUUUAUUAUUUUUCUACUUCUUAAAAAUACAAUCACUGGAGUUUGGAUGCGAGGAAUUAUAACGACAAACAGUGACUUAAUAAAGCGAAUGAUUUUUGGAUAUAUUGUUCCGAUUCUAACACUGUUUCAACAAAUAACUAAUGCUGCCGUACCUAGUAUCAUGCUAAAUUGUGUCUGAUUUGUUUCCGUACUGGAUAACAGAAACAUACUCGUAUUAAAUUGAAAAUAUAACUUUCUUAUUGCAUUUUUUAUAAAAUAUCCAUGGCAUUAAAUUGACGAAAUUAAUUAAAAUAUGAUUUUAUAACAGUGUCACGUUAUCCGAAUUGCGUAUUUGUCGACACAAAUAAUAUACAUUCCAAAGUAUUGUUAAUGCAUUAACAUUUUUUGUUGCUUAACAUAUACAAUGUACAUGGACCAAUAGUAUUGUUUUUUUUUGUAUUAGCAUGGUUAGCUUAAAUAACAGAUAUAGAUACCAAUAUCUUG